CACUGACCCAAUCCCAAUCCAACCAGCACUCAAGAUUUAAUUGUGUAUUAUUUUAGUCCAAAUAAAUCUGUGGUACAUGACAUCGUUCCCUUCCCUCUCCAUCAAAAAAACCAAAAUCUCCUUCUCCAAAACAGCAGCAGGUUGAAUUUUAAGUUUUUCUCUCGAUCUGCUUAGCUGAUCGAGUGGUGGUAUUGAAGAAGAAAAUUUUCAGAUGGAUCAGUCCGAGUUAACUACAGAGAAUGUUCUCAAGAGGGACAUCCCAUGGGAGACUUACAUGUCAACUAAGCUGAUCACAGGAACAUGCCUUCAGCUAUUGAGGCGUUAUGAUAAGAAACCCGAAAGCUACAGAGCAACAUUGAUUGAUGAUGAUGGUCCAGCUUAUAUCCGUGUGUUCGUCAACAUAUUGCGCGAUAUACAAAAGGAAGAAACAGUGGAAUAUGUUCUAGCACUUAUUGAUGAAAUGCUCGCAGCCAACCCAAAGCGUGCCAGACUAUUCCAUGAUAAAUCUCUUGCAAGUGACGAUACUUACGAACCUUUCUUAAGGUCGCUCUGGAAAAGUAAUUGGUUCAUUCAACAGAAGAGCUGUAAAAUAUUGUCUUUGAUAGUAAGUGUUAGACCAACCCAGAAUGGUAUUAUUGCGAAUGGAGAAUCCUCACAAUCGAAGAGCAAGUCAACUUCUAUUGAUGACGUACUGAAAGGGCUAGUGGAAUGGCUCUGUGCUCAGCUGAAGAAUCCUUCUCAUCCUUCUCGUGGCGUUCCAAGUUCUAUCAGUUGCCUAUCAACUUUGCUUAAAGAGCCGAUUGUCAGGUCUUCAUUUGUGCAAGCAGAUGGAGUGAAGCUGCUAAUCCCUAUGAUUUCUCCAGCAUCCACUCAGCAAUCUAUCCAGCUUCUUUAUGAGACAUGCCUCUGUGUUUGGCUCUUGUCUUACUAUGAACCAGCAGUUGAGUAUCUUGCUACUUCAAGGACCCUACCAAGACUUGUCGAGGUCGUCAAAAGUUCCACCAAAGAGAAGGUUGUGCGAGUUGUUGUCUUAACCUUGAAGAAUCUGCUCUCCAAAGGGACAUUUGGGCCCCAGAUGGUAGAACUCGGACUGCCUCAAAUUGUUCAAAGUUUGAAGGCUCAGGCAUGGAGUGAUGAGGAUCUGUUAGAGGCAUUGAAUCAACUUGAAGAGGGGCUUAAAGAUAACAUCAAGAAAAUGAGUUCUUUUGACAAGUACAAGCAGGAGGUCCUUCUUGGCCAUCUUGACUGGUCACCCAUGCACAAGGACCCUAUUUUCUGGCGUGAAAACAUUUCAAACUUCGAGGAGAACGAUUUCCAGAUCUUACGGGUCCUAAUCACAAUCCUUGACACAUCCGGCGAUCCCAGGGCAUUAGCUGUUGCUUGCUACGAUCUAUCACAGUUCAUCCAGCAUCAUUCAUCAGGGAGGCUGAUAGUCAAUGAUCUCAAAGCUAAGGAGCGGGUCAUGAAGUUAAUGAAUCAUGAAAACACAGAGGUCACUAAGAACGCUCUUCUCUGUAUCCAGAGGCUGUUCCUUGGCGCAAAAUAUGCAAGCUUCUUGCAAGCUUAAAUGAGUCUGGUCAGUAUUUAUAUCAUGUGAAUCUUCUCGGCGUGACUACAAUUUUUUCCUCAAAACUCCGAACCUGGUUACCCUGCGCGUAACUUAUUGUAGAUUUGAAAUCUUGUGGUCUGUUUAGAUAUCCCCGUUCUUUAAUUAUUUGAUUAUUUAAUGAAUAAAUUGUCCAACGCUAUUGCUUUAUUGUUGUAUCAGUAAUCUAUAAAAUUCUCUAUCAAGAAAUACUUCGGCAAGAAUAUAGCUCGGUUGAGUUCUGAAAUAUGGAAUAAAAGUUUAUUAUUAAUUUGAA